AUGCGCGCGCCCGACGAUCUAUAUGCCGGCGGCAACGAAGUGGGCACCUCCAUUGACCGCAGCACCAGUGCCGACGCCGCUCGUGGAACGGGUCGCGCAAAGGGAGUGCACCGCACCUACUCAAUGGCGCAGCAGAAGCGAAGGCCAGCCAUCAUGAAUGACGACCGCAUCAUCCGGCAGCGCCGACUGAGCCACGACGCCAUCCAAGAGGCGCCCCGUCGCUUCAUCGUCGAUGUUGAGGAGACCAUGCGCCUCGUCCUGGAGCAGGAAGACACCGACGGUAACUUCCAGAUCAGCAUCACCGACAGCGGCCCAAAGGUCCUAAGUCUAGGCACGGCUACAAGCAAUGGCUACAAGGGUGUCGACAUCCGCGGGACGUACAUGCUGUCAAACCUGCUCCAAGAGCUGGCCAUCGCUAGGGAACACGGAAGGAAGCGCAUCGUCCUCGACGAGUCUCGUCUGACGGAGAACCCGGUGGAUCGUCUGUCGCGCAUGAUUUCACAGACAUUUUGGCACAACCUCACCCGCCGCAUUGAUGCAGAUGGCCUCGAGGCCAUCUUGGCAGACCCAAAGAAUCGGUCCAAGUCGCGCAAUCCGCGCAUCUACGUCCCGGCUGGCGAAAAGGAAAUGCUCGAAUAUUAUCAAAAGGUGGCCAAGGAGCGGCCGGGGCUCAACCUCACCGUCGAAUCGCUGCCCGACAAGAUCACAUCUGACUACACGCGAGACCUCAAUGACCGACCGGGCCUCCUGGCUAUUGCCAUGCGAAAGGAAAAGGACGCAGAGGGCAAGGAGCAGUUCAAGGGCAUCCCUUUUAUCGUGCCAGGCGCUCGUUUUAACGAACUGUACAACUGGGACUCUUACUUUAUCACCCUCGGCCUCGUCGUCGACGGUAUGUCGGACAUGGCAAAGGGCAUCGUUGAGCACUUCAUCUUCCAGAUUCGUCACUACGGCAAGGUUCUUAACGGCAACCGCACCUACUACCUCAUGCGCGCCCAGCCACCGUUCUUGACCGACAUGGCUCUGCAAGUCUAUAGCCGGAUGGAUCUUGCAAAGGAGGAUGAAAACAAGGAAUGGCUCAAGUUGGCCAUCUGCGCCGCCAUCAAGGAAUACCACACCGUGUGGAUGAGCCAGCCGAGGAGGGACCCCAAGACGGGCCUGAGCAGGUACCGUCCAGAAGGACGAGGCGUACCACCCGAGACCGAGGCCAGCCAUUUCACCCAUGUUCUCCGUCCAUACGCGGAAAAGUACGGCUGCAGCGUCAACGAGUUCACGCGCAAGUACAACUUUGGCGAGAUCAAGGAGCCAGAAUUGGAUGAAUACUUCAUGCACGACCGAGCGGUGCGAGAGAGCGGUCAUGACACUACGUAUCGCUUCGAAAAGCGUUGCGCCAACCUGGCCACCAUCGACCUCAAUGCGCUGCUGUACAAGUACGAAGUCGACAUUGCCACCGCCAUUCGAGAGUUGUUCGACGACAAGCUCGAGCUCACGGACGACUUCAUCCUUCAGGCGCCUUUGCCGGCAUCGAUGAAGGAUCAGCAGCCUGCCCAGCCAUCCCGUUCGAUUGAGACGCCUCAGACGAGCGCAGAGUGGUUUGCAAGAGCCGCAUUCCGCAAGCAGCAGGUCGACAAGUACUGCUGGAACGACGGCAUGAGUCUCUACUACGACUACGACACCGAUCUCGAGGAGCAGUCGGUGUACGAGUCGGUGACGACCUUUUGGGCCAUGUGGGCUGGCCUUGCUUCAGAGGACCAGGCGGCAAAGAUGGUGCACAAUUCGCUCAAGAAAUUCGAGGUCCAUGGAGGCUUGGUGCCCGGCACCGAAGACUCGCGAGGCAAGGUCUCUCUUGAGCGGCCAAACCGACAGUGGGAUUUCCCCUUCGCUUGGCCCCCACACCAGAUGCUCGCCUGGGUUGGUCUGGAGAGGUACGGCUACCUGGAUGAUGCAAGGAGGCUCGUCUACCGCUGGCUCUACAUGAUCACCGUUGCUGUUGUUGACUUCAACGGUUGCGUGCCUGAAAAAUUCGACGCCGUCAAGCUGUCACACCUCGUCGACGCCGAAUACGGAAACCAAGGUGUGGACUUCAAAUACGUUGUCAAAGAGGGCUUCGGAUGGACCAAUGCUUCUUUCCAGGUCGGUCUCACCUUCUUGACGACGCACCUUCGUAGAGCGUUGAGCGUCUGCCAGGAUCCAGAGACUCUUUUUGGAACCAAUUAG